AUGUCUACUACUGUUCACUGUGAUUGUUGUCAUUGUGUUAAAGCAAAUAAAAGUCCUGUUGUUGAAUCUUCAAAUGGAAAUGCAAGUGCUUCUUAUGAACUAGAUGAAAUGAACCAAGCCAUCUCGGAUGAAAGUUUGAUUCAAUUUGGUAAACGAAUUCACAAUAUAAGUAUAGCUAUCCAAAACUUAAAAGAAAAACUUCAAAAAGAUUAUUCUGAUGAAAUAAAGAAAGAGUUCAAUUGUCGCGAUUGUGGAUUAAGCUUUGGUGCUAUUUUAAUAUUAACAGGUGCCUUUCUAACAAUCUUUACACCUAAUUUUCUAGGUGCAACAUUAUUCAAUUCUAUGAAAAGCCAACAAUCAAGUGCUAUGCCAUUUAGAAAUUCGACAUCUCAAGAGAUUGAAAUGGCUCAAUUACCCAAUUCUAAUUCAUACAGUUCUACAAACUCCAAUAAAAUUAAGAAGAAUUCAACAAAUAAAACCAAUUCAAAACAUACUGCAACUAAAUCAAAUCUAAAGGCUGAAUUAAACCAUCUUGAUGCAACAAUUGCAAGUAUUAAGAAUCAAUUUGAAGAAUAUCACAAGACUGAUUGUGAGAAUAAUUCAAAUCCUACUGUUGAAUCUUCUGAUGAAGUCAUUUCAUUGAGUAAUGAACUGGACAAUUUAAAACUUUAUUUUCAGAUCAGAUCUACUAUUCCUCAAUGUGAUUGCUGUUACUGUAUUACAAGUAAUACAAGUCCUACAAAACGAACCAUCUCAAGUGAAGACUUGAUUGAAUUCGGUAGAAGAAUUCAUAUGAUGAGUGUUGAAAUUAGAAACUUAAAAAUAAAGCUCAACCAAGAUUAUACUGAAAAUAUAAAGAGAAAAUUUAAUUGUAAAGAUUGUAACGAUGAUACAAAAAUGAAAGCUAUAAAAGUUCAAGUUGAGGAAUCUUUCAAAGUCGAUUGUGAAAGUUUAAGAAGUCAAGAUCGUGACUGGACUUGUGCAGGUACUAAAGGACUUGUUGCAGAGGGACAAGUGUUGAAUCCGAAUGAAUCAUUAAUUAUAACUCCAUCCAUAGAUUCAAGUUUCACUUUAACUCCAUCGAUAAGUUCUAGUACAUUUGAUAAGAAUAAACACAGCGAAAGAAUUAAUUCUAUGGAGGCUGAUCUCGAUAUUAUUAAAACAAAAAUAGUAAUCCAAAUAUUAAGAAUAAACAAUACAAUUAUGAAUGGUCAUCAACCAUAUAGUGCACAACUGAAAAGUUUGGCUUCUCAAGAGAUUGAAAUGGCUUAUUUACCCAUUUCUAGUUCAAGCAUAUCUAUAGACUCCAAUCGAACUAAGAAUUCGCAGGAAUUAUAUUCAAGAAACCCAAAUUCUUCAUAUACGACCAGUUUUUCAACUGAAUCAGAUCUAAUUAUCCAACUUCAACUUCUUGAUGCAACAAUUGAUAAUAUUAAGAACUCUAUCAAUACCAUUUCUGAUUUACAUCUUCUGGAUAAUUGCUACUCAACAGAAUCACAUCUUAUUAAUCAACUUCAAUGUCUUGAUAAUACCUUAACAAAACUUAAAGAAGAAUCUCAAAAAUAUGGUCUGAAUGAUGAUGAUAAUAAUUCUUGUGCUAAACAUUAUGGUGUCGACUUUAAAAUCAUUAGAAUAGCAUUCUUUAUAGAAGUUGUAUUCUUUCUUGGAUUUUCAGUAUACAGUGCAGUGAACAAAGAUUCAGAAUAG